AGGAGCACGACAGAGAAAAAGAAUGAUAAUAAGAUGGCAAAUAAGGCAAAUGAAUCACACUGCGUGUGUCACAAGUACGGCAGCCUGGAAUCGCUCUCUUUCCACCCGCAUGUGAAGGGGCGACUGAUAACGCUGAGCGAGGGCGGUCGGCGGGCGACCAGGGUUGGCUCGUCUUUCUGCAACGGUCUGGUGUUUAGCGGGCGCCCGGUGAAAGUACGGGAGAGGGUGCGCCUGCGAAUGGUCGAGCGCAGCGUGAAGGAUUGGCAUGGCUCGCUGCGGGUCGGUUUUGCAAAUGUUUUACCAGAACUGACAGCUUUACCCCAACUAGCUAUCCCAGAUUUAACCAAAUAUCCGCAGAAUGCAGCAACUAGAGUUGCCGAGGACAUCUGUUAUCCUGGAUCAGAGUUUGAGUUCUGGCUCGACAAGUAUGCAAAUCUGUGCAUACGGAGCUCUGAUGGGACAUCAUACACGCAGCCGACCACUCUGAAUACCCGCUGGCCCAUCUGGGCGAUUGUUGACGUCUAUGGACAGACCAGCGCAGUGCUGCUGCUUGGUUCUGUGUAUAAGGGUCGGUUUCGCACCUAUAGGUCCUGUCCCGCUCUCACACACAUCAAACGCACUAAAGACAAUGGUGAGGACAUCAACAAAGUGAUGCUGAACAGAACAAGUAAACAAAAGUGCAACCUUCACCUGGAAAACACAGAAGCAGAGGAAUGUAUCGUGUGCUACAGCGAGGUGUCAGACACUCUUCUGAGCUGUGGUCAUAAAUGUGUUUGCACUGUCUGUGCCAUUAAGGUUUACAAUAUGUUUGGGACCUGUCCAUUGUGUCGCCAGCGCAUAUAUUCCAUCGAGGAUCUCUAGCCUGGUUGUUGGAUUUUAUACAUUUCUGAACUGCUGUGGUACUUAUGUUGGAUAUAGGUUUUUCACUGCACCCUACAAAUGUUGUACCACCCCUCUCUUGUAAAUACUACCUCUGUUUAGUUUGUCUCAUUGGACAAAUGCAUGGCCUACUACAUGAAUGAAUGUUCAAUGUUAACGUAAAUAUAAAAAUACACAUUAUAAUCUGAUUCACUAAAUGUAUUGUUUCAAUCUGAUACACCAAAUAUAUGCAUGUAUGUAUGUAUCUAAAAUUUAGAGAUCUGAAAUGUGUUUUAAUCAUGAUUGUACUAGUAUAAAAGAACAACAUUUUGCCACUGGAACUAAAUUAAUCUAUGUUGUAAGAUAUUUGUGUAAAUAUGUAUU